AUGCAGACCCGCAGGAAAAAGUACAGCCUUGUUGAUCGUCCAGGGGGCGUGCCAUCUCCCUUUGGGAUUCACCCAAUCAGCGCUUCGCCGUUUGGAUGCACACCGGGCCCAUUUCUUGGUAUUCAGUUUCCCCAACUUUUCAGUGACAGUGCUGACGAGUCACGUGACAUAGCCGCGGCAGCGGUGACGUCUGCUGCUGGCGUGGCUAGUGGUUUAAUGAGUGACAUUGAUCUAGUCGUCAGUCGCGAUCCUGGGACUUCCAGCACUAACCUCACGACGGAGUCCAUAAAAUCUAGUGAAUAUAUAAAUUAUGAAUAUUGUUAUUCGAAUCUGCUUUCCUCAUGUGAAUUACCAACGGACCGACCGACGGACCGACCGACCAUGAGAUUACUAGUUCUGGAGGAGACUGAACGAAGUCAACUCAUGCACAAACUGGUUACUGCCUUUCAACAGAACGUCCUGCUGUGUUUUGAUCACUACAAACCUGAACUGACUCUGUACUGUCUUAGGAUUGUAACCUCUCUCUCGGCGCGCAAACCUCGACUGAGGUCUCGUAAUCUGACAGUAACUGGUGAACCGGAAACAAAUAUCCACCAAGUUACAGAUCCUUUCGCUGAGCUAGACGUUGAGGAGGCGUUGUCGCGAGAACUUCCUAAUUUUACAGUAUCAAAACUCAGGGAAACAGUGCAGCAACUGCUACGACGAGCUACUUUACGGCAAGAUGGGACCCUAUAUUUCGCUGGAAGCCCCGAAGAAAGUAUGGCCACGAAAAGUGUGCAAUAUUUCAUCUGGUUUUUUGACUUUAUGGACUUCCUGCAUGAGUUGUUCGUUAAUUUUGUUGAGAAGAUCUUCAAUCCGCUGUUCAAAUAUUUUCAGGACUACAACUUUUUAAGUUCCGACGGUCGAACUAACUCAGUAUCCUCUGCUUUUUCGAAACUGAGUCAGUUUUCUGAAAGUGACAACCAAGGGUCAUUGGAUGGAGAUCAUGAAGGCAGCGAAAGCGAAAGUUUGGCAGAGAGCAGGAGAAUGCACGCACAAGCAAAGGCGUCACUGUUGCAGCUAUGCAAGGAGUACAAGGACAUUAAAUCUAUAUAUGACACAACCGCCAUUGACAGGGUUGCUCAAAGGUUAUCGUUUGUCAAAGAACAACUAGAGUACUUACUGGAUGAGGAAGACGAAGUGGAUCCAGAUUUAUACAGCGCUGAGAGCGGGAAGUUGAUUGAGCAUAUGAACAUGGACUUCGGAACAGAAAACCUCAUACGUUUGGUACCGGAUAUCCUGGUGAAGUUGAAGAAAGCAGCCUGGCUGGCAAGAAGAUGGCUGGAACUUGAUGAUCAGAGAACUAAAGAUGUCAGUGCCAAGCUAGAUAAACUGGCAAUCGUGGAGAAACAGCUUGUGAAGCGCCUCGAUGUUCUUCACGACGACAUCACGAAAGGCGAGAAGAAACUGGAAAGAGAAACAAAUGAACUCAAUCGCUUGAUGGAGAAGGAAGGAAGACCGGAUGUGCUAACUUUACAAAGCUACAACAUUGACAGGGAAAUAAAAAGUAUAACAAUAAAACUUGAACAACUGAACAAGGAGAAAGAAACAUUUGCUGAAAGACUUUCUGAAAUUGUGAAAGCCAAAAACCUGAGCGAAUUCCAUAAACUAAAAUUCAAAUUUGAAUCUAACAAAUUACAACGGUUUACAAUGGAAAGAAAACUAGCUACGCUGGCAUUCAAGAAAAACUUACUAGAUGAUGACCUCAACAUAGAGCUGUUUGUAAGACCAAGUGUGAUCCACAGUAGCAAUAAACUACAGGACGAAUGUGAGCGGCUAGAGAAAUACAUUCGCCAACAGAAGGAGGAACUGGUCAGCAUUAAAAGAGCGUUACUGCCAGUACAAGAAGACAAAGCCUCAUUGAUGAACAGACUGAGCAGGCAGCGUGAGUGCCAACCAUCCUGGCAUCAUCCUGUUGGGAGCAGUGCCCAAAACUUCAUACUUAAUCCAGGGCAUGCUGCAUAUAUCAGAAGUUUGCCUAGGAAGCCGAACCAGCAACAGGCGCAACAUACCUCUUUACCAGCUAUUCAACAGGUCUCUCAUGUGACAGUUAGAAAUCAGCGAAAUAUAAGCCCUCCUUCAUGGUAG